AUGUUUCCAUUCUAUUUUACUCGACCUUUUUGCGGAAUCGAAACCUUAAUCGCAUCACACCUCCCCUCCUGUGUCUUCCCCUCCCUCCCGUUUCUUCCCUUCCUCCCGUCUCUCCCCUCCCUCCCGUCUCUCCCCUCCCUCCCGUCUCUCCACUCCCUCCCGUCUCUCCACUCCCUCCCGUCUCUCCACUCCCUCCCGUCUCUCCAAUCCCUCCCGUCUCUCCCCUCCCUCCCUCGCGGUGCCACGACGGUGACAGGCGACUGUCGCUACACACUGGACGACCGAUGCAAGAUAAUCAAGGGGCCUGCUGGCUGCCGUUCCAGCCAGACCUGUCUCUGGUACGGCGGCUCCGUGCCUCUUGACUCGGCGGCCGCCGCGAAGCGCGUCAAGGGCGGCGGCGAGGUCGCCGCGCCGCUUCUUCCGCCGGAAUGCAUGGACCGCGCUCGCGCGAGCGGCAAAGACGAGCCAUCCGCCAUGGCUUACUGCUAUUUCCAGCCCGCGUCGUGCGCUGACGUGUACUCUCCCAUGGAUCGCGGCGCCAGGGGCGACGGCAAGUCCGACGACUCCUCCGCGUUUCUAGCCGCGUUCAACGCCGCGUGCAGCGCGGCGAAGAAGGCGAACAAGCGCACCGUACUCCGAAUCCCCCGCGGAAAAACCCUCCUCCUUAACUACGUCACCAUGCAAGGCCCAUGCGGCCCGGGAGUGACCAUCAAACUGGACGGGAAAAUCGUCGCGCCAGAGAACCCGCCCUCCUCAAAAUCCUGGCCGGGCGAUUUCAGCGGCGCGGUGCUGCAAGCGAAGCAGGCGCACGGGCUAUGGAUAGUGGGCGACGGGGAGAUGGACGGGCGAGGCGACCGGCGCUGGUGGCCCAUGUAUCACGGGAAUGAGCUCCCAAGGGAGCUGAAGCGGCCCGUUCUGCUGGACAUAUUCGCUAGCUACAGCGUGACGCUCGCGGGUUUCAAAAACAGGAACCCCGCGGGCAUGCACAUGAACAUUUUCCGCAGCGGCUACGUGCGCGUGUCGAACGUGACAGUUGAGUCGCCUGCUGACAGCCCCAACACAGACGGCAUUCACAUCGGCUCGUCCAGCGACGUGGUUGUGGAGUUCAGCAACAUUCACACGGGCGACGACAACAUUUCCAUAGAAGAAGGGGCGCAUAGAGUCACCAUCGCCAACAUAUGGGGCACGGCUGGCCACGGCAUCAGCAUCGGUAGCCUUGGAGCACACGGCACAGUGGCAUGUGUUUCCGAUGUGACUGUACGCAACGUGGUUCUAACAGACACAGACAAUGGGCUGCGCAUCAAGACGUACCAGGGGGGCCGCGGCCUGGUGAAGAACAUUCAGUUUAAGAACGUGCUUAUGAAGAACAUCAAGCUUCCGAUAGUGAUUGAUCAG